GGCCCCGCUCGCCCGUGCCCGCCCGCCCGCCAUGCCCGGCUUCGACUACAAGUUCCUGGAGAAGCCCAAGCGGCGACUGCUGUGCCCACUGUGCGGGAAGCCCAUGCGCGAGCCCGUGCAGGUUUCUACCUGCGGCCACCGCUUCUGCGACACCUGCCUGCAGGAGUUCCUAAGUGAAGGAGUCUUCAAAUGCCCUGAGGACCAGCUUCCUCUGGACUAUGCCAAGAUCUACCCAGACCCAGAGCUGGAGGUACAGGUAUUGAGCCUGCCUAUCCGCUGCAUCCACAGUGAGGAAGGCUGCCGCUGGAGUGGGCCACUUCGCCACCUACAGGGUCACCUGAAUACCUGCAGCUUCAAUGUCGUCCCCUGUCCUAACCGCUGCCCCACCAAGCUGAGCCGCCGAGACCUGCCUGCACACUUGCAGCACGACUGCCCCAAGCGGCGCCUCAAGUGCGAGUUUUGUGGCUGUGACUUCAGUGGGGAGGCCUUUGAGAGUCACGAGGGCGUGUGUCCCCAGGAGAGUGUGUACUGUGAGAACAAGUGCGGUGCCCGCAUGAUGCGACGGCUCCUAGCCCAGCAUGCCACCUCCGAGUGUCCCAAGCGCACCCAGCCUUGCACUUACUGCACCAAGGAGUUCGUCUUUGACACCAUCCAGAGCCACCAGUACCAGUGCCCAAGGUUGCCUGUGCCCUGCCCCAACCAGUGUGGCGUGGGAACUGUGGCUCGGGAGGAUCUGCCCGGCCACCUGAAGGACAGCUGUAGCACCGCCCUGGUGCUGUGUCCAUUCAAAGACUCCGGCUGCAAGCACAGGUGCCCUAAGCUGGCAAUGGCCAGGCAUGUGGAGGAGAGCGUGAAGCCCCAUCUGGCCAUGAUGUGUGCCCUGGUGAGCCGGCAGCGGCAGGAGCUGCAGGAGCUGCGCCGAGAGCUGGAGGAGCUGUCCGUGGGCAGUGAUGGUGUCCUCAUCUGGAAGAUUGGCAGCUAUGGGCGACGGCUGCAGGAAGCCAAAGCCAAGCCCAACCUCGAGUGUUUCAGCCCGGCCUUCUACACACAUAAGUAUGGCUACAAGCUGCAGGUGUCCGCAUUCCUCAAUGGCAAUGGCAGUGGUGAGGGCACGCAUCUCUCGCUCUACAUUCGUGUGCUGCCAGGUGCCUUUGACAAUCUCCUUGAGUGGCCCUUUGCCCGCCGCGUCACCUUCUCCUUGCUGGAUCAGAGUGACCCUGGGCUGGCUAAACCACAGCAUGUCACUGAGACCUUUCACCCUGACCCAAACUGGAAGAAUUUCCAAAAACCAGGCACUUGGCGGGGCUCCCUGGAUGAAAGUUCUCUGGGCUUUGGUUACCCCAAGUUCAUCUCCCACCAGGAUAUCCGCAAGCGAAACUAUGUGCGGGAUGAUGCAGUCUUCAUCCGUGCCUCGGUUGAAUUACCCCGAAAGAUCCUCAGCUGAGCACAGACAGGGUUCCAGGAGAAAGAGAGUGGAAAAUGACCUCUGUUAGGCACUGGCUGAGCCUGGAGAAGGGGGCAGGACCCUCUUUCAGUUGCUUCUGCACACGAGGUUCUGUUACCCUAUUCCCCCUCUCCCCUUCCUUACCACUCUCAGGUGCCUCCUAUUGGUGCUUCAGCCCUGGCCCCUGUGGUGAGCAGGUCUUCGGGUUUUCAAGGGCUUGGAAACAAGUGAUCCUAGGGCCUGUCUCCUCUCCUGGGCAGGGCAGACAUGCCUUGGUGCCAGCCACACUCUACCUGGACUGAGGUGCCUGCUGGUGCUAUGUCCCAAGAGCCAUAGAGGGGAAGGGGGAGUUGGGUAGUUUAAUUUGUCGAGAUGAUUUCUCUUCCCCUUUUCCCCAGCUGUACCCUCUGGUUAUUUAUUUACUUAGUGCCAGGAGGACACAGCAGGGGAGCCCUGAUUUUUAAUAAAUUCUGAAUUGUAUUUAUUAA